CUCCUCCAGAAAGGCAGCGUGCUCUUGUCAACAAACAUUACGGUAGCUUUUGCAGUAUCAGCUGACCCACUUUCUCCACAAGUUAUUCUACAACCACUUCCUCUUUUCUCUGAAAGGUUGGAGGUUUGAAUAAAAGAAGGAAAACAUGCACGCACUUCUCAGAAGGAUCAUCAACACUGCAUCAGCCCCGGCUGCUAUCGGCCCGUACAGUCAGGCAGUGGUUGUGGACAGAACCAUGUACAUCUCCGGUCAGCUGGGGCUGGACGUGGCCUCUGGUCAGCUGGUAGAUGGAGGAGUGCAGGCCCAGGCCAAACAGGCUCUCAUCAACAUGGGGGAGAUCCUUAAAGCUGCUGGCUGUGACUACAGCAACGUGGUGAAGACGACUGUGCUGCUUGCAGAUAUAAAUGACUUUAACAGUGUCAAUGAGGUCUAUAAGACAUUUUUCAGCAGUAACUUUCCUGCCAGAGCCGCCUACCAAGUCGCUGCCCUCCCCAGAGGUGGACUGGUGGAAAUUGAAGCCAUUGCUGUCCUCGGUCCUCUCACUGACUCUUGACUAGUUGGCUACAUCACAAACAAGUUGUAGCCUGACCACCAAGUGACCUUAAAGUUGUACCAUGUAAAGCUAUACUGCAUUUCCAGAUGAUAAAUGAAAGCCCAAACGAGGAUCUUGUUGACUUGCUUUCCCCAUGUAGUCAGGUUUUAGCAUAAACCGUUUCUCCUCUGGUCACUGGCUGGUUGACUCCACUGUGGAAAUACUUGAGGUAUUAUACCAGUGGGUACCUUUAGAUUCAAACCCAUAAACAGAGUAGAGUAGCUUUAAGAUAUUAAAGAAAUAACAUGUAUUAGAUUUAUAAGGUGGCCUUUUUAAUUGACAGUUCAUAGCUUAAGAGACCUCAGUUUUUCUUUCCAGUGAGAAAUAAUGACACAAGGAAAACAGAAGUAGUAUUUACUCAUUUGUGCUCAUCAGAAACUCGGCGAUUGGAGCCCUCAGCACACCUGCAGAGGAGCAGCUCUUCAUAUUCAUUACAAAGAUGGUUAUAAAAUCAAAGCAGCUAUCCAAGCAAACUAUAAUUUCAGAAAUCUAGUAUAUUUUGGCUUUAGUUUUUUUUUUAUUAUAAUUUGGUAGAAAAAUACAGAAUGGACUCUAGGUUGAAGAUGGGUUCAAGACAUCUAUUCAGUUAAUAAAUAGAAAUGUUGAUGUAUAAUUGAAGUUACUCUGAAAUGAAUGCAUUCUCUGAAAAUAAACACACCCAGUAACAGCUUUAUAGCACAGGUUUUGAGCAGAAAUUGCAGCCAUUCACCAUCAUGAGAAGAAGAAGAAGGCACAGUGAUGAUUUAGGAACCCUGACAAAGUGG